UCCUCUCUCUCUCUCUCUCUCUCUCUCUCUCUCUCUCCAUCAUCCUCUCCUCCGCCUGCAUCCUCCCAUCCUGCAGACAGACAGACAGACAGACAGGUGGACAGACGGAGAGACAGACAGACAGGCGGACCUCCUCCGGCUGCAGUGAUGUCAUCGGCGUCCCCCCCCCUCUCCGACCUGUCCCGUCUCUACCAGACGGAGUUCGUGCGGAGCGCCCGUGCGGUCGGCGUCCUCUGGGCCGUGUGCACGCUCUGCUUCGGCAUCAUCCAGCUGGUGGUCCUGCUGCAGCCGUCCUGGAUCGGCACCGGGGACACCCGGCACCCGGGGGUGGGCCCGGCGCCCCCCAGCGGCACCCUGGGGCUCUUUGAGGUGUGUGUGGACUCUGAUUGGCCGGUCCCAGACUGCCGUGGCGGUCUCUCCAGUCUGUCCCCUCUGCCGUCCUUCCAGUCGGUGGCGGUGCUGGUGGGGGUGUCUCUGUGGGCCGUGUGGACCAGCGUCUUCUGUCUCUGUCUCUUCAGGUUCUGCAGCGCCGCCACCGUCUACAAGAUCUGCGCCUGGCUGCAGCUCACUGCAGGUGGGAAAAUACAGAAGACACCUGAAGACGGGAAACGUGUCUCCUCCUCCUGCAGGUAA